CUGGGGCAUCACCUGACUCUCCUAGCACAGAUGGGAUAUCUUACUGGGACAGUGUCCUCCUGCUGGAGCACAUUGCCCCACUUAGCGAGGUGAUUCUGUCCCCUCUGGGUCACCUUCAGCCUUCCAUCCCAUCAGCUAUUGGGGAGUUCUGGGGCGAGGCAGAGUCUGCUGGAUGAAGCAGCGAGUGCCUCCUGAAUCCAAAGUGCAUCUGUCAGGAUGCAGAAAUCUCAGCAACUCUCUCUCAAACCUUUCAGGCCACUUGGGAGCGCAGGGGCAAACCCUCCCGGCUUGUUCCAGAGUGUUGCCUGUCAAAAUCGUCUGCCAGCCACUUUUGGAAGGCUGGAUGUGCCUGCAGGGCGUGGAGGGGUCUGAUGAGAACAUGGAGCAGAAACCUGAACAGAAAGGGGAGGAGGCAACAACACUGGAAGGGAAAACAUUUCAGGCUUGGAAGCGUGCCAAGGACGGCAACUGUUUGCAGGAAACCUUUCUGCCCCGGUGUGUAGGAAGUUUUCUCCUCUCCCCUCUGGGUAACGACCUUGAACUGAUGGUGUGGCAGGGCCGGGGUCCCUCUGCCCUCCCAGCCCUGGCAGAGGGGUGUGUGGAGCCGCAGUGCCGGGUGUGUGCCGAGGGCUCCCGAGCCGGCGCGGUGCCAGCCUGGGCUGGUUCCUGUGAUUACGUCCCGCGGGUGUGUCCCUUAAAACCCGGUGCAGGCGAGUGUGAGCCAAGUGAUCCUGGUGUCAGCUGAGGAGACAUGGCCUCGGUGGGUCCCUCCACGGCCUCCACACAGCCCGCCCUGCCCUCCGGACCCGCCGUCUUCAAAACCAUCCCCUACGCCUUCAUCCUGCCCGAGAUCCUCUGCGGGACCUGGGUGUGGAUCCUCGUCGCCGCUACCUCCGUGUCCCUCCCGCUGCUGCAGGGAUGGGUGAUGUACGUGUCCCUCACCUCCUGCCUCAUCUCCCUGCUGCUCCUCCUCAGCUACCUCCUGGGCUUCCACAGGAACAGCGAGAACUGGAAAGUGCUGGACAGUUUGUACCACGGUGCCACAGCCAUCCUGUACAUGAGCGCCGCUGUCCUGCAGGCCAACGCCACCAUCAACUCUGAGUCAGGCCCCAACUCACCUCUCUACUACCAACUCAACAGUGCCGCCUCGUUCUUCGCCUUCCUCACAGCCUUCCUGUAUAUCCUCCACGCCUUCAGCAUCUACUACCAGUGAUCCCAGUGCUCCCAGCAGCUUCUCCUCUGCAGGACGAGGGCUUUCCCGGCGAGGGACCCCGCUGUGCUCCCCGAGAUGUCCCUGCCUGGCCAUGAGGACGGAGGGUCCUUUUUCACUCCACCAGAGGAGGGAUUUUUGUUGGCACACGGUGAUGCCCGUGGGGACAUUCCCUGCCUUGCCCCGGGCUGAGCAAGGGGAGGGACUGGGCGCAGGCUCCAAGCCUCCAGCUCCGACAUUCCGCCAAAUAUUGAUGACCAAGGGGAGGGAAAAAAAAUAGAGAACCACUGUUCCUUCAGCAAACAGUUUUCUUUCUUAUGUUAUUUGCCUUUCUCUGGUUCAGCUACAUUCCUCCCCAACACAUAAACUGGCAAUAAUGAUGCAAUACUGUGUUCCCUGACUGUCAGGUUGUGCCAUUUGGUAAAUGCUGUACUCAGAAUAAAGCGUCAACUGACAGAUUUU